AUGGCCAAGGGUCCUGCUAGUGCCAAAGAGAUAGAGGACCCUCCAGAACAGUGGCAGUUUACGAAGAAAAUGUGGCUUGUCUUGGGAGUGCAAACUUUGCUCAUGACCUCACAAAUCCAUCUUGAGCUUAAUAUGUCACUGCUCCUUGUGGCCCAGAAGUCUCCCUGGACUAAGGAGGCAGCGGGGUACCAUCAUUUUCACAGCAAGCCAGACCCUCAGAGUUUCACCCAGAAUUAUAACCAGGCCAAGCUCAUUACUCCAAACCUGCUGUCAACACUUGGAGAGUCCCUCGAAAUUCACCCCAGAGGCCUCUGCCAGCCAAGAAGAGCGUGGGAGCUCCACUGGCAAAGCAGCUACCAGGAAGUGCAAGGGCAGAAAGCAGACUUUCAGAGGCCAGUACAUGUCCCAUGGUGGGAGACGGCCAAAAGAGUCCGGGGUCAGCGCCGUCGCCAGAGUAGGCUGGGAAGCCCAGAGCCGAGAUUCCGACCUCGGGGCACUCCGACUCGCGUCCUGGGCAGCAGGGGCCUUGGGCCCAAGGUCAGCAGCGCAGCAUCGCGCGCACUCAUCCGGUUCGGGUGCCAGGGCCCUGCCGUGGGCCCGCAGGGGGCGGCCCGCAGGGCUGGAGCGCAGGUGGCGGCACUGAGCAGGGCACAAGGCGAGCGCCGCGGAGGGGCUGCCCGGCACCGCAGCGGGCUGGGGCCGGGCCGGGGCCAGGCCGCGCCCCCCCCCCCUCCUGCUCACCGGGAGCCCGCGGUGCAGCCCCGCGGCAGGGGUGUGGACCGAGCGUUCUGCGGCCGCGGCGCCGCGGAGCUCAAGCGCCCGCGCUGCCGUACCUCCGAGGCCCCGCGCCGGCCGGGCGGGAGAAGGAGAGCCGCCUCCUCGCGGAGGAAGCCCGCCAGCCGCGCGCCGCCCCAGUCGGUGCCCUACCUGGGCGCGGAGCGGAGAGGCGACGAGCGGGCAGCAGAGGGGCAAGGGGCGAGCCGCCGCCGCCGCCGCGCAGGUCCGCCUGCCCGCCGCCUGCCAACCAGGCCUGCCCGCCGCUACCUGAGGCGCCGGGUUGGCGCUGCCAACAGGAAACUUGAGAGCGCCAGGGGCGCGGCGGCCGCCCUGUCCGCCGGCCGGAAACGCGCCCGCCGCAGCCCGGGGUCAGGCUCCAGCCGGGCUCCUCCGACCUCGCCUCCCCUGCCACCCGCCGGGCCCCGAGAGCGCUCCCCGCAGUGUUCGGACUCGCCCGAACCUCCUCCCCGGCCAGGACGUUUCUCAAGAAAACGCCUUCAACUGAUCCUCAAGGAAGACAAUGCAAAGUCCAAUCUACCAUUGCAUUGGUGAAAUCCCUGAAAUCCCAACCACCGGACAGAAAACAUUUAACAAAUCGGGCUGCAUGACUUCGGCACUGACAGCUGAACAGAAAGGAGGAUAUUCAGAAAAUCUGCGGAGUCACUGCUUGGACAAACCUGUCACUUAACCAAACUGUAACAGAGCCAUGGUUCUGGUGGGACAGCCUGGUGUCCUGAGAACCAGGACUGCCAGAUUCAGAUGCAUCUGGGUGUGUCUGGAGCAGUUGUAGGGAGUGGGGCAGGCAGCAGUCUGUUGGCAGAAGGAUGUAGGAACCCAUGGGAAAGGGUCCAGCCUGUGAAUGUGGUUCAAUCUACCAUUGUAUUGCAUAGUCCUCUCCAUCAAGAACAGAUAAAACUUCUCUUAGACUUGAAGACCUGUGAACUAAAAAAGCAAGUUGUCUAUCUCAUGCCCAUGCCAACCUACAAAUGUGCAAAGUGGAUCAGGCAAAAGAUAACUUCAGUAAACAAAUAAGCACACCCCUUCAGAAAGGCAAGACUGAGAGACCCCCGUAGUCACCGUUCCACAGAUACACUGGUAUUACAAUGCUGAAAUACCAAUGCUUCGACAUCAGGGUUGCCUAGCCUGGAGCAGCGACUCUCUCACCAUUAUUAUCCUUUGUGAUCCUCUGCAUCAUCCUCCGGAGGGCUUCUUUCUGGACCCUUAUUCUCCUUGGCUACAUAUAAAGAGGGAGCUGGGGAGACUGCUCGUCCUAGGGGCAAUGCAACUUCCUGCCAGAGGUUGUUUUAUGGCUUAACUAACGAACUUGGGCUUUUUACACAAGCUUGUGGUUUCUUUGACAAUACGGUUUCCUCAAAACAUUGGUAAACUCUAAUCUAUUGGCACCCAGACUGUUUCAUUUGCCAGUAUUCCUACUCAGUGUUCUUUUGUAAGACAGUCUUCGAAUUUUCUUGUAAGAUACAGUCUUACAAUUGCUUUGGUAAGACAUAAUCUUCUGCCUCCUUGCCCCCAUGCUCUCUCUUUCAAUGUGAUAGUGAUUUCCUUGAAGCUGACUGGAACAAAGGAACACACAUUUAAUCAGAUAUUUUCCAUGAUUCACUAUAAUCAACUGAAACAUCUUGAGCGUUUGUCACGCAGUGUUUUAAAUUUCCAUCUCUUACUGUUUAGGAGCUAGAAGCGGUCAGCUUUUCUGUCUGCUGGCCUCAGUAUUCCAGGCUUUUGUCUAUACCAUUUAAUUUCUACUGACAAAACAACCAAAUAUAUUCUUUUUUAAAUUUUAUUCUUUUAAUCUAUUUUCAAGUUAGUUAACAUAUAGUGCACUCUUGGCUUCAGUAGAACCCAGUGAUUCAUCUC